GAAUUUGCAUUUAAACGCGACGUCAAGGUCAUGGGGGUUAGCUUUUAGUGUUUCGGUAUAGUAAGUAUAGCAUUCAAGUUGGAAGUAAAUCUAUUACUUUUCAAAACUAACAAUAUGCCAGACUCAGGGAUAAAGAGCAUUUUUUGUGACAACCAACUGUAACUACAUAGUUAUCAAAGCAACUAGAUUUGCGUAAUGAAAGCUACUGACGGUCUUGAGUUAACCAUCAGGGAUUACGAUAACUUAUGCUACUACAAACGGAGUAAGUGUCGGCGAAAAGUCCUUUGAAUGCUUGGUAUUAUUGAGAAUACUUGUUAUGCAACCAGUAAGUGAAUUUAAAAUGGUGCUUAAGCUAAUUCACAAAAAAUGCCUAAUCCUUAGCCAGAAUAUGUGGUUAAGUACUUGAUGUGAUUUGCAGCGUAGUCAGGAGCCCUUGUGAGACUAGAUAAUAUCCCACUCUAAUCCCUGAGCUCCCAAAUGUGGGGAAACGGCACAAAACCCCAAAGUUUACUAUAGCGGCUUUCCCAAAAUGGGUCAAAUUUUCCCCUACAUUGGGGGCUUAGGUCCUUGCUUUUAGUUCCAUUCUCAAGUUUCGUAAAUUUGUAAUCGGAAGAGUAAUCAAAGUAUUGCAUUUUCGCUGGUGUUAGUUCGUGAAGAAAACCUUAAUACCAACUUGUAAAAUCGUCUCAGGACACCUGCUUAACCACCAAUACAUAACUGCAUCCCUUUUGCUCAAUCACAGAAACUAUGGUGUGUUUAUGCCAUUUCACAUCACUAGCUCGCUUGCUUAUUUAUAAAAUUCAACUUUUGUUCUUUUACUUCGGAAAAUCGAUAUUUAAGGGUUGAUUAUCAAGAUCAAACCUGUUAUUACACUUCUAGUAGUUUUUGCUGUUAAUCUUCUGUAACUAGGUAUCGUUUUCUGAUUGGUUGACAGGCAACUCACGAUCAGUCAUUCGGGUACAACGUAGGACAAGGCACAUAUGGGCAUCGGUUCAAGUUACCAUACCUCAAAUAUGAUGACAUGUCGAUAUUUAGAUUUCCUCAAACACAUUUCAGAGCAAAAACGACUCCAGUUAACUAGACUCCACACUAUGUAUGUGUUUCAGGUUAUCUCCACAUUUUGGAAGGUAUGUCGUCCUCAGGAAAAACUGUGGAGCUAGUCAAAACUACCCUUCUCGGGAAAGUUUCUGUACGUACUUUGUAUGGUCAUUUUUCCGUGGACUAUUGUAAAAGUGUAUUUCAUAGACUUCAAUUUCUGUUUUAUCGUACAUGUAUUCACAAGACCAUAUCACAGUUACUAGUACAAUCUCCUUUUAUAACUCGUUGCUAUCCUUUCUCUUCUCUGUAACGGCCUAUUUAACAAUUAUCCAUUGGGUUAUGUUGUGGAAUUACGUUUAGAAACAGGGAGAACGAUCGUAGUUAUUGAGUUAAUGUUCAGUUGCAGUAAAUAGUUUAUCUACUGAUUCCUGUUCAUCGAUUUCUCAGUUUCAGUCUAUCACUACUUUGUGUAUUUGCCCAAACCUAACAGGAAUUUUGCUAAAAUUUCAGAGCACACUUUUAUUACAGUAAAUCAAGCUCUGUCAAUUCUAUCGGGACAAAAAAGGUUCCACUUCUAUAUUUGUUUUUUUUUUAGUAUGGACAGACAUUGAUGACAUAUGAUUUGACGCGACUGUUUCAACCUCCAAGCCACAACGCGAAUAAAAAGAUGAGAAGAAGAGGACCGUAAAUAGUGUCCAUUUCAGUGGAAAAUAGAAUUUGAAAAGUGAAGUUUAGUAUCAGUGAAUGAAACUGUAGCAUAAAAGGUCUGGAAUGACAUGUUACUCAGGCUUUUGGAUUGAAGAAAUAGUAAAUGCUAUCAUAUCACUUUAAUAGAUUUAAAGUCAUGUUACCUGACGUCUGCAAUGAUAGUGAUUAUUCCAUGAAUAUCAAUAACAAUUUGCAUUUAUGUACAUUAGGUAUUACAAGCUGUUAUUUAAGAAACUUCUGACUCUUCAAAACCGUCUUGUAACUCCAAAAACGUUUCCAACUGUUAUAGAACAGAGUAGUUUGUAGUUUCUCUAACAUCAACCAUUUCCAAACUACCUGAACGGAACAUUGAAAUAGAACCUCCACUCUAAUUGAAGUUCAAAAAGCUAUAGCUACUCUUCAUUGUUGUUGGAAUUAUGAGGGCGGUUAUCACUUCCCGGUUGCCCACAUCGUGGAGGGGUUCUUCUGAAGGUACCUGAAAAGGAAAUUGGAUUAAAGGUGGUCUUAGAGACCUGAGGGUGUGGCCGCACUGCCCAAGGGACAACUGCUUGAGGUCGGUCACACGCGACCUUUUUGUGGGUAAUUUUCGUGUUAGCUCCGUACUUGCUGAGAGCUUACCACUGGAGACGGAUAUCUGUAGGAUAAGGCGAGGUGUGCUUUUUUAGGGUCAACCUUUUCUAACCCCACCCCUCCUUGUGGGAAGGCAGCACCGCUGUCAUGCUGGUUGUCUGAAGGAAACACCUUACUGCUGCCACACCUCUUUACAGUCAGCAGUACGACUUCGCCUUCGGACCUUGGGUUUACCGCUCUUCAACCGACCUGUCUGGCAUGGCACGGCCUUGAGAAAUGGUUGUUCCAGCCAGUAUAGCUCGAUUGGUUCGUCACGAUAGGCAAGCCCGACCACCACGUCAAGGUAACAACAACGGUCGGGUAUAGCUAAUCUGAAACGAGGAAGAGCAGCUGGUCCAGUUGAAUUAACUCCGGAAGUCUUUAAGGAUAGUGGUCCAGUUUUAGCGAUUAGGUUGACCAAUAUUUUAUCUAAAAUCUGGGAAAUAGACGUAAUCCCAUCCGACUGGUCGUAAUCAUUGAUUGUCCCAAUACAUACGAAAGGAUCUAAAUCAUCUUGUGAUGACCAUAGAGGGAUUAGUUUGUCCAAUACAACGUCUAAAAUACCAAUAUUUAUGUGUUCAAAUAAAUAAAUAAAAUACUAGCCUCAAUAAUUGUCGGACGUCUAACGAAUCUUCGUGAACUGAAAAUACGAAAAAUCAGGCUGACUUCAGGCCUGGUCGUGGGUGCAUCGACCACAUAUUUACCAGUUUUCGGGUUUUAAAACACAGGCAUGCUUAUCGAUGUCCGACAAUGAUAGUUUUUCUUAACUUAAUAGCAGCUUUUGACUCCGUAAACCGAGAAGUUCUGUGGAAGUGUCUCAUUGAAAGGUGUACCUCAGAAGUACAUAAACCUUGGGAAGGCUGUUUGCUCGAACACUACCAGUCGGGUCAGAGCUUAUGGCGAACUGUCAUCUGAUUUUGCAACCCCAAAUGGUGUCCGUAAAGUUUGUCCACUAUUUCCAUUUUCGUUUAACUUCAUCAUAGACUUACUACUGGCAAUAACGUGGUCGUCUGGAUUUUCGUGAAUUGAUCUCCUACCAGGAUGUCCACUUAUUGACUUAGGACGCACAGAUGACAUAAUCCUGUUUAACGAAGACGCUGAUAAAGUGCAGGGUCUUUGGUAGCACUGAGUAACAAUGUCCAGAUGUUUGGGAUGCGUUUCUCCCACUCUAACUACAAGUUGUUGCUUCAGGACUGGCCUGCGUAAGCAUCCGAACUAAAGAUAGGGAUUGAAGUAGUUAAACGCGUCUAUAGCUUCACUUAUCUUGGAAGUCUGAUCAACCCUAAUGGGUUGGUGUCUGACGAAAUCUCUGUACGGAUCCAGAAAGCCCGUUUGGCUUUUGCCAACUUACGUCACCUAUGGCGAAGGCGAGAUAUCCGUCUAUCAAUUAAGAGACGAGUAUAUUGUGUGGCAGUUCGUUCUGUUUUACUUUACAGAUGCGAAAGGUGGCCAUUAAGAGUAGGAGAUACUCGUAAGUUACUAGUAUUUGAUCACAGAUGUCUUAGAAAUAUCGCUCACAUCUACCUGGAUCACCUGGUAAAUAAUGGUGAGGUUAGACGCAGGGUAUCAGGGAAUGGUGGUAGAUCAGUUGAUGAGGUUGUAAAUCUUCAUUGACUGAUAUGGUUGGGCCACGUGUUGCGUAUGCCCAACCACCCUCUUGCACGUUGCACAAUGCUGACUAGUGCUGGAGAUGGUUGGAAAAAAGUUAGGGACGACCAAACCAAAACGUGGCAUCGGUGCUUAAAGUUACUAAGUCCUGGUCUUAGCCAUGUUGGUAGGUGCAGACUACUUGGUUGGGGUCCGCAUGACUACCGUAGCCGGCGGUUGGAGACUAGGUGAAAUGGCUCAGAAUCGACCACAAUGGCGUAGGUGUAAACACUUCGUAUUGCUUUAAACCGUGGGACUGAAAUUACUUUAUUUGUUUCCUUCUACGAACAAAUUUCUUAUUCCAUGUAUCAUAUACGUAUAUGCAACCUUUUAUCUUAAUAAUUCAUAUGUUUAAUAUUUCUACCGACACAUCUCUUUUAAGACUGUAUUCGAAGCUCCCUGACUACUUGACGUUUUCCAAUCUAUAAAAAUAAACUUGAGAUAGCUUUGGAGCUUUUGUGUUAGUUUUAUUCGACCAGUUAGAUUGUAAACACGAAUGUUCUCAAUGCAUCCAUUUUAGGAUGUCGAUUAGAAUUAAUCAAACCCUUGAAGUAAAAACAUCAUAAUUCAUACGAUUUCGAUCUUGAUUUCCCCCACUGUUCUUUUGGCAAGUUAUAUUUUUAAAUAUUUUUAGAACGAACAAAUUUUAAUAUUCAUCGUAUAAUCGGUACACAAUAAUGUCUCGUUGCAGUCAGUUACAAUAAUGUCAGAUGUUGAUGCAUAUCCAAGGUUUGCAGGUCGUGCACUAAGGAAUGAUUUGUCGGAUAAACUACUUAGUCCAUCUAAACAGGUAACAAGAUGGAAAAAAUUUGAGAAACAAUUCAUGUAGGUGAGGUUCCGCCCGAAUGUAAUCACAAAUUCCUCUGAUCAUCUAGCUGACAAAGUGUCCUGGAAUUUUACUGAAUCUGGUCUCGAUGAAUUGACUAAUGUAACAUCAUCUUUUGGUAAUUCGGACUCCAUUUCCAUAUUUCAAAAUCGUUACCCACCAGAUAAUGCGCCUACACAAAGUCACUUUGAUUCUAAACAAACAUUUCAUGAUGUGUCUGAGACGAUGGAAAAUAAUGUCAAUAAAAUGUGUGAUCUUUCUGUGAAUACUGAAUAUCCCCUUAAAGGCAGCUGCCAAAGUGUUUCAUUCCUCAAAACUACAGAUCACCUCCCUCAGCAGCCGUUAUCAUCAUGUGGUCAUGUAUAUAGUCCCAAAAACUGUCCUUCAUAUGAGAAAAGUUCAAGUGACCAAGAUCCCAGAGAACUACCCAGCUAUCCUUUUACGCAUUCCGAAAGUCUGUCUUUGUCAAGUUUGACAGAUUUAAGUUGUCUGGAUCCAGAUACAACUUCUUUUUGCGAUACAGGCGAUGCGACUAUAAAUUUUUCACAACCAGUCUUCAAUACAACGAAAGCCUUAGAACGGGAGAUUAAAUCCCUGUCUAAGAAAGUCAACAGUGCUUCCAAAGAGGUAAGUUUCUUGUUUUAUGCUCUAGUUAAUUGUAUUGUUACUGUAUAAAGUAGCCUGCUGGUCUUAUGAAAUUAGAUAAGUAUAAUAGUUUCGGUCAAUUAGAAUGUUACUUAAUUUAUACCGUUAAAAUGGUAACAAAAUGAUUCACCCUGCCUAUUUCUGAUUCAUAUGUACCUUUAGAAUAGCUCUUCUAUAUUAGUAUGACUAAUAUUAAUCAGGCUUGAAUAACUCCAAAGGAAUUAUCCAUCUGUAACUUAUAUCUCAAUGAUUGUUUUUUUUCAUUCCAGAUGUUCUUUGAUUGACACAGUGUUCAGAAAUCCCAUGAUAAGUAUUAAGACAAGUUUAAUGUAUUCUUCUAAAAAUUGUGUGAAAACUGUCAAAUACUUCAUGUGCUUUGUAUGUGACAGAUUCAAAACUAAAACAGUGACUAAGUUUUAGUGCAAAUAUCUGUUGGUGUUUGCCUAAUUACGGGAAUUACAAACCCAAAGAAAUAUUUCCUUGUCCUUCAAUAUUCUAUGAAUACUACAUACCUUAUUCUAAUAUUCACUAGUAAAAAAAUUCCAACCGGAAUAAAGUUUCAAGCGAUUAUGAUCGGUCCUUUAUGAUUCCCUACUUUUGAAGCAUCGAUAGCCAACAAUGAGAUUGUCAACUGAACAAUGUUAGGACGAAAUGGGAGGUUAUUGGACAAAAUUAGACCAGUUGUAACUGUUUUAACACGUCCCUUUACCAUGGUUUAAGGUUGAAAGUAACACACAGUAAGUAUGCUAUUGAGGAUACCAGAAGUAGUAGUCGAACUGAGACUUGACACUAAUCUACAUUUUUUGGCAAUCUGGUUGGGUUUUCUAAUCAUGUACCCUCUUCAUUUUCCUAUAUUAAAAGCUUAAUUUUUGGUUACUGUUUACCUCCUUUUUUGAAGAUAAUUUCGCGUUGACUAUUGGCUUAUUUAUUUAUUUAUUAUCAUUAUUAUUGCCCAGAAAGACAGCUCGGUAUAAUAGGGUACCAAGCAUGUGUUCUAUACAAAACGAAAUGUGUUGUGAAGAGAUAAAAGGGUGAUAAAUCAUGCUAAAAAAUAAGUGAAUUGAAAUAAUAAUAUAUAUUUAAAAAGUACAACCAGAGUUUAAAGAUAAUCAAGAUAGAUUUCCUUUAGCGUUAGGAUAUGCAUUUUACCGUUUAUGAAGAUAUACUAUAGAAAGUCAUAGCAUAAUCCCCACUGAAAUCUAUAGUUCUUAGGAUCCGACCCAAAACUUCUUAGUGGGUGCUUAUUAAAGAAACUGUCCCAUUCCAGCUUACCAUAUCGUAAUCUGAACAUCUCUACUUUUCUACUCAUUCUAAAAGUUGACAAGUAAUAUACACUAUGGAAUGACAUAUGUAAAGUAUGGGCAAUCAACGAAAGCUGGUAUUAUAAGAUGAUAUCACCUACAGAGUUGUCAUGUCCAAUGUACCUGAACAGGUGUUUCAGGACCUCAAUAUUAUUUACACAAUUUGCCCACCAGAUCUAACCCAUCUUAUAUACUGUAGUACGGCUUGGUGUACAUAAUCUUCUCUGCCUCUUGAAAUCCUCCUACACACCUGAGUGUUUAUAGUUCUUCCCACUCGUUACCUUCGCACACUGAAAUUGUUCCUUAAAUGUUUGGUGAAUAUCGAAAAAACUUGACACUUGACCAGUCAUAUACAUCAUUUCUAAAAUCCAGACCAAAUGAGUGAUAAAACGGUAUUUAUUAACAGACGUCCACUUUUUCACUAUCAUCUUUAUAAAACGUUACUGAGUGGAGGACAUCAUGUUUGGGCAAUAAUUUGUCCUCCUUCCUCCCGGAGACAUCAAAACAUAUUAGGAAUUAUGAAACUGUUUCAAUAUUAAUUCACUGAUAACACACUAGCGUAAUAGUUUGUAGGUUCAACAAUUUAAUUUUGUCUACUAAACUUCAUCGUGAUGCUAACCUUUGAAUAAAAAACAGUACAGUGUAUUUUUCUCUACCAUUAAGCAUCCCACCGACGAAAUACGCUUAGAAGCGGAACGUAUUGUAAAUGAAGCUUGCAAUACUCUUCCCGCUGGAGAUAACUCUAUCAAUCCUUUAAUUCUCAAUCCAAGAAUCACUGUUAAUAUACCUGAAAAUGUAUCUAUGUAUGAAAAUCUUAUAGAUUUGACAGUGGAUGAGUCGGAAAUAAUACGUUUGGAGCGUCAACGAAUUGCAGCCCAGCGUAAACGAUUGAUUGAAGCGAAUAGGAAACAAAAUAUCAAAGUUGAUGAACCUGAACCAGAUUUAUUGGAAUUUUUCGAUCCAAACCGUCAUGUCUAUCAGUCAGUCAAUUUACAAUCGAAAGGUAUACGAAGUUUGCUGCCUACCUUGCAUUGUGCUUCUGAUGAUUUGGUCGAUGUGUUCCAACAUAAAAUUGCAUAUGAUUACUCUUUUUGGCUAUGCGAUACUUGAAAUGGCUAAUUGUUUGUGAUUAUCGGUCUCUUUUUGUUUAAGGAGGAAGGGUGGUUAAUAAUUGGCAUCAUACCCCUGAUUGUACAGUAUUUCUUUAAAUUUUUUUUACACGUAUUGAAAUAAAAUAAAGUACGGGAAUGAAAUAAUUGUGAGAAUCCAUAGAAAUACGUGAUAAAAUGAUGUUUCAGUGUAAUGUUUUUUAGUGUUAUGAGUUGUUUUGGUUUUGUGUACAUCUUAACUUCUAUGCCUAAUCAUGAACUAUAUCAGUCAGAACUAUAUAUGAAACAUUGAACAGUCUAUUAAAAUCAUAAAAUCAAUACGCUUUCCGUACGUUCUCGCAUUUACUAUUGUAAAUCAAUCAUUCGUAUUCGCUGUUUUGUGAUGUGCUCAAACGCAUCAGGACCCAAGACAAUUCGAUAAUAUGUUAAUUUUUACGUUAUGGGAUACUAGGUUCAUGCAUAGGAGACAGACACAUCCACUCCUUCAGUCAUAAGUUUUAACAAACAAUCCAGAGGAAUAACUAAACAAACUUAUCUUCCUAAAAUUAUAGUAUAUGGAAUUUAGAAUCGUUAACAAAGUAGAUUUCUAAAUACUGCGUUAACUAAUAUGCAGUAUUAAACCAAACAAUCUUAUACUAGUGAAUUGUACAUUAAUAUCUCCCAGGACAAAGAUGACGUCACUUCAAUGUGCAAACAAGUGUGUUUAUUACCUGUGUUUGGUAACGUAUACUGUGUCCGAAGUUUCGGUUAUGUUGGCUAUUACCAUUUCUAGUUUGCCAAUUUUCCUUCGUGUCCACGGAUCAUGUCUCAUUUCUAUGUAUACUGAAUUUCCCUUCACGUUUGUCUUCUUUGAAUAUCAAUGUUUCUUUACACUCUUGUCUUCUGCAUGGGGUUCUGUCUUUGGGGAUAAUUGUUAGAGUUGUAUGUGCCCGUCGCCGUAUUAUGGAGUGGGGAACAGAACCCACUCUUAUUCAAAUGACCUCGAUUGUUCGUCAUUAGCAAUCACUGUAGUCGCGAAUCAAACUAAAUUGCAAGAUUUAACGUGCUUAAACAGAUCAAACCAAUUAUUUGAUCAGAGAUUAUGCAAUGUAUAAAGUGAUGAGAGAUCGAUAAGAGUUAGUAAAAUGGAUUGAGUUCUAAUUCAUUUCACCAUAUAUUAGGUAAAUUAAUGAUGAUACAAAAGUGUGUAAAUGAUAAUAUUACUAAUAUUUCAGCAAUAUAAUCCUAAUUUAAAUGAAUACAUAAGGGAGGAUUGUAUAUCUAAUAAUUGAAUCGGGUUAUUUCAUAACUAAUAUGACCAUCGAUUUCUUACUAGUAAAGCAGUAUUAUUGGCCGUGUAACCAGUACUCAUUAUAAAUGGAUUCAGACGUACAUCUGGGGAUGUGUUUAUCCAUAAAGUUGUCAAUGUUCACUAGCCGCGUGUGGUACCCUGCGCUCUCAGUCACUUUUCCGUUUGUUUAAUGACCAAGCACUACAUAUUAGUGAAAUUCUCAUUAAAAAUAUUCAAUUUAAGUGACUGAAAUUACCUUCAGUUGUCUGUUAGGAACAUAUCCAGAGUAGCUCGACACGUUAUACUGGUUGAAAGGCAUGAAUAUAGUAAAUGUUUUAGUGACCCUAUAUUUGACACCACUUAGAUCGGACGAAUGAUUGCUGUCGAAAUAUAUAUAUAAUCAUCGACUUUAAUUGCAUUGGUAAAUAACGGAAUUAAAUAAGUCAUAUACGGGAAUGGAUUUCUGAUUACAUAUAUUUCAUACAAUCGUCGGUCGGAAAGCGGAGCAAAACGAAAUGAAGGUGGCGAGUGAACCAACUCGAUUAAACCAAGCAUGAAUUGAUAUUUCUAGUCGAACAUAAAUAAUUUACAAACAAAUAAUGAGUUGGGUAAGUAAUUAGCACACAUAAAAAACAGGAUUAAUAAGCGAAUAAUUGACAGGGUAAAAAAGGUGGUUUGAGAAGAACCGAUAGAUUGAUCUGUCCAGAGGCUAGAAUAACCCGUGUGGGUUUGAAAUAGUGCCAGCCCUUACAAACAUUAGGCUAUGGAAUGAAUUCUUUAAUGGAAAUUACACUGAAGUCCAGUACUCACCCGCUAAAUGAACCUGUAAGUGAUUGAAAGGGUUAAGUAUAAUACAUUUAAUGAAUAUUAAAAGCAUCGUGAAUAACUUCAGUUUAAAUCUGUGUGCUCUCUCCUUCACACCCACAUUAACGAAUAUCUAUAUUUUCCGGUACACUGCUCACCCUUAAAUUAAAAAAAACUCAUCUAUAGCAUAAUCACUAAUAAUGUUGGGUAUAGAAGUUGAAGCUGACUAUUUGAGAUUCAAAUCAGAAAUAUCUUAAAUCUUCAGUAAUACAUAACUCAUUCGGUUACAAAAAAGGCAAUAAUUCUGAUGAUAUUCUACAAAAUAAAUGAGCCAAUAAUUCUUGACUGAAUUAAUUUCAUAGUAGCUUUUAUUACUGAAUGUUAUCAAC